AUUUAAAAUAGUACAGUAGCUUGUCCCUUAAAAUUGAUUGUUCCAGUUGGCCCCUUCAUAAGAGUAAAUAGACUGCAAUAGGCAACAUCUGAACCCCACGCCAUGUUGUUAGAACCCCGGAGCUCUCUUGCAUUGAGCUCUCUUGCAUUGAGCUAUACUCGUCUGCGUGCCUCAGAAUUUCAUCGUCCGCAAAACAAGUCAUUCCCAAGUAUCCCGACAUGAUUUGGGUGAUCGAUUCUAUUCUGUCAGCCAUCAGUUGUUCGACAUCUAGCUCUUCGCAGGCCGCCGAGAAGCAACCCGGGUAGUGAUCAAAUUGAUAAUACAAGCUUUCCUUUGUCUUGGCGUUGUAGCACUGUAUCGAAUGUUCUGUUUCGUAGAAUUUAUCUCCAUGCCGUUCGCACACGUCUUGGAGUUUGCUUGGAAAGCGACGGAAAUCGAAGCUACAAUUCGAAUCUUUACCGUGCUGAUCACACACAUCCUCGAUGCUUGCAUUCUCCAGGUAUCGCUUAUCAACGGCAGAUACCUCCAGACGUAUAUCCUCAUUCAUCGCAAGGAUGCUUUCGGUAGCUUUUGCACACGACUCCGGUUUAUGUCCAAUAUCAACAAUAUCAUUCAUGCCCGCUCUCGUCGACCCAACAGGCUUCGUUUCCCCAAUUUUUUCUUCGUCUCGCUCGGAGUUAACGGACGACGCUUCGCCGCGAUAGAUUCCACCAAUGCUUGUGCCCCCCCUCACUCCAGCCGACGAUUCUGCAUCGUCCGGCAUUUUCCCGUAUCGGGACGCGCGAUAAGCAUGGAAAGCGUCCGAAACGUCCCCAGUUGCGCUGACCUCAAUAGUCACACAAAAAUGUAUGGCGGAGAGGAAAAGAAGCGCUAUCCGACCUCCAGAUAAGUUUGUCAUGGUUCGUGAAUACAAUGAUACAAGAAGU